AUGGGUUUUAGCUUUGAUUCAUUUCUACUGCAAAUCAAACAAAGAAUCUUCUCCGCCUGGCAGACUAGAUUUCAAUAUUUUCCCAGGUUGUAUAGGGUUUUGCCCCUGCUUGCUGGUCAAUCUCCAAAUGGCUUCUUUGUAUUUGUGUCAGCUUGGACAAAUUUUUUUAUAAACACUCUCACUUUCUUGUUGGUUGGCCAUGUUAUUGGGUCAUGCUGGUACCUCCUUGGCUUACAGCAUAACUCUAAUCUGCAGUCAUGCGGGAGUUUAAUAGAUUGUUGCAAUGCUCAAUCUAUUCCAGAGUCAACUAAAUGGAGAGAAAAUGAGGAGGCUGCUGGUUGUUUUAAUCCGGAAGGAGAUUUCUCCUAUGGAGUAUAUACUCCAGUUGUCAAUCUCACUACAAGAGAUGGCAUGACUAAAUAUUUAUACUCACUGUUUUGGGGAUUCCAGCAAAUCAGCACUCUGGCAGGAAAUCAAACUCCAAGCUAUUUUAAUGGAGAAAUUGUUUUUACCAUGGUAAUUAUUGGACUGGGACUCUUCUUCUUUGCUCUUCUAAUUGGAAAUAUGCAGAAUUUUCUUCGGUCUCUUGGACGGAGGUACUACUUUUCUCUAUCAUAUCUGCUUCUUUAGUCUUGUACAUACUAAGGCUGCCUGAAAGGGUAAUAUUCUGACUGCAUGUUUAUUGUUUGAUCUCGUCUUUAUUACUACUCUCUUUCUUCUAGACGUUUUUCUAGAGAAAGAGGUUACUGAAAGUAAAAAUCUAUAGUAUCAUAUUAGUUCAGUGCCCUUUCACCAACCUGUAGUAGCAUGCCACAUUGCUGAAUGGCCACUCGGUAGGAUAAAU